GUGCCCAUCCCCGUCACGGGCAGCUGCUGCCCAAAUGGGAUCAGGCUUCCGGGAAGGGGCGGCCGGAUCCUGCCUGCUGCCGCUGCGCCGGGGACGGGACACGGCCAACCGGAGCCAUGGCAUCGCAGCUGGAAGGGGCCAUGGAGACGCUCAUCAAUGUCUUCCAUCACUACUCGGGCAAAGAAGGGGACAAGUACAAGCUGAGCAAGAAGGAGCUGAAGGAGCUGCUGCAGAGCGAGCUGGGCUGCUUCCUGGAGACCCAGAAGGACACGGGUGCCGUGGAGAAGAUCAUGCAGGACCUGGAUGAGAACGGCGACGGGGAGGUGGACUUCCAGGAGUACGUGGUCCUGGUGGCCGCCCUCACCGUGGCCUGCAACACCUUCUUCUGGGAGAACGCCUGACCCCCAUCCCGGCUGAGCACCCCCAAAGCGCAGAGCCCCCCCCCCCCCCCUCAGCUCACCCUCCGCUUCCCAGCACAGGGCAUCCCACUGGGAUCCAGCUCCAUAAUAAAGGCACCGACCCAGCCA